AUGGUGACUGUUAUAGACUACCCAGCUCCUAUGGAGCUGUAUUCAAAAGCUGGAGAGCUGACAAUGCCAUUUUCUGAUGUGGUCAAAUACUGCAUUCUGGGUAUCUCCAUCAUUCUCCUGCUGCUGGCUCUGGGCAUCUUAGCCUGGCAGAUCUACAGAUUCUGCACAGAGAAAUACACUGCAUACACCCAGCAAGAUGCAGGGCAAAAUGAUUUGCUGUAUUCAGAUGAAGGGCCAACGACAACAGGAAACUACUCAGGAGCUCCAAGUACCAAACUGGAGGAUGUCAGCACAGAGGCCCACAGACUGAGUCGCUGCCUGUCUCAGCCCUCGUUUCCCUCCUUAGCAUCCACCGAGGCAGCUGGAGACAAAGAAGAGCAGGCAACUAUUCAAAAGGUGGAUGGAUCGUUACGAUUCUCCGUCUACUAUGAUCAGAUGCAGUCACGUCUGGUGGUCACCGUGCUGCAGGUGGAGGGGCUUUUGGAACAGAGUGAGAGCCGAACCCUCCAACCAUUUGUUAAAAUACUGCUCAUGUGGGCUGGAUCAGAGGCUGUAGAAGUCGAGGGCUUUAAAGAUGAAGAGGGGGAAGGCUUGUCGCCUGUUCUGUGGACAGUACUGCAGGAGUGGCGUACUCGCAUUGUGAAAGGCAGCUGUAACCCUUUAUUUGGAGACCAGUUCAGCUGUGUUUUACAAGAGGAAAAGCUUCAUCACAUCAACCUAAGGAUGGAGGUAAGGGACUUUGAUAAAUUCUCCAGAAACACAGUGUUAGGAGAUGUGAGGGUUCCUUUAGGACAACUCAACAUCUCCUACCCUCUGGAACUACAAGAGGAUCUAAAGAUACCCCAGAAGGAUCUUGUUGGAGAGGUGCUUUUGUCACUGAAAUUUCUUCCCACGUCUCAGAGGCUGGAGGUUGGCCUGCUAAAGGUCAAAACUGUCCUUUCUGAGAUAUCCCCAAAUGCAGCCCUGUAUGCCAGGAUCAGCGUCCAGUGCAAUCAGUGCAAGCUGAAGUACCAGAAAAGCUCUACAGUGGCUCGGUGCCUGGUGACUGUUUUCAAUGAGGUCCUCUUGUUCUCCUUGCCAGAGGUUCAUCUGGAGCGGUGUAAAAUUUUGGUCUCUAUAUAUGAAACUCGCCCAACAAGCAAAUCAGCCAAACAGCUGAUCGGACAGCUGAGUGUGGGGAAGGAGAAGAGUUCAGAAGAUGAGCACUGGACUUUGAUGAUGCGCUCAGUCCGCCAGCCAGUAGCAAAGUGGCAUGGCCUACUGAUCUGAAUCACAGCAGAACCAACGCUAUCAUCAUGGAUGGCUGUUUUUGUUUGUUUUUGCCUGAAAGCAUGUGUAUCAGGCUGUUCAGGUAUCUGCACUUGCUGAAGUAAAGACCAGACAUGGUUGUCCUCCUGAUCUCACAGUGACAGAAAACUUUAUUACUCUCAGUACUUACUGCUACUCAACGGUAAUCAUGUGAUGC